GACUCCAUGGAGCGGUACCAGUCUCUGGGUCCGGUCGGCGAGGGGAGCUACGGCUCGGUGCUGAAGUGUCGUCAUCGAGACUCCGGCCGACUCGUCGCCAUCAAGAAGUUUGUGGAUUCAGACGAAGACGAGACGGUGAAGAAGAUCGCUGUGAGGGAGGUCCAGCUGCUCAGGCAACUUCGUCAUGGCAACCUGGUGACCCUCCUGGAGGUGUGGCGGCGGCGCCGGCGCUGGUAUCUGGUCUUUGAGUUCGUGGAGCGGACUCUCCUCCAGGAUCUGGAGCAGAACCGCGGUGGACUGGACCUGAACACCAGCCGACAGUACCUGUUCCAGGUCCUGAGGGCCACGGCCUUCUGCCACCAGCACAAUAUCAUCCACCGGGACAUCAAGCCAGAGAACGUCCUCAUCUCUCAGGGGGGCGUGGUCAAGCUGUGCGACUUUGGCUUUGCCCGCACCUUAGUGGGCGGAGUCUACACCGACUACGUCGCCACUCGCUGGUACAGAGCUCCUGAACUGCUGGUGGGAGACAUCAGAUAUGGAAAACCAGUAGACGUGUGGGCGGUCGGUUGUCUGUUGUUAGAGAUGUUCACAGGUCAGCCUCUGUUUCCCGGAGACUCGGACCUGGACCAGAUCUACCACAUCAUCAGGUGCUUCGGAAACCUGACAGCUCACCACCAGGAGCUGUUCUACAGGAAUCCUGUUUUCUCAGGAGUCAGAUUGCCAGAAUGUUAUGGUCCAGUCCUGCUGAGUCAGCGCUUCCCUUCAGUCCCCCCCGCUGCCCUAGACCUGGCCCAGAGCUGUCUCCAGAUGGAUCCAGAAAGACGAGCUCCUUGUUCCGAGCUGUUAGAACAUCCUCUGUUCACACACGACUCUUUCCACAUCAGGUUCUUGAAAGAGCUAAAUGCUAAGAUCCAAAAGGACCAGAGAGAAAACUCGAACCUUCCUAAAAUAACCAAAACCCCCCGACGCUCAAAGGAAGAAAGGAACGAGCAAAACCAGAGAAGCAAGAAACAACUGGAAGAUGUGAGUGAGAGAGUUUACAAGGAAAUAGAGAAGAAAGACAAGAAGGAAGAAGAGAAGACGGAGAAAACUAAAAGAAGAGCAAAGUUUUGUAAAACUACUCGGAACAACUCAGAACCUUUAAUGAGCAACAAACAAUCCAGGACCUUCACGGGCAAAGUUUUCCAAAAUGCAGCAAGAGCUUCGGUAGCCAUGAAAAGUAAAACAGGAAAGUCCACUGGUGCAGGGUCGAGGAAGGAAUUCACUAAAUCAGAGAAAACACUCACUACUGCUUCAUCUCAAGGUUCCAAGACGGGAACAGGUCUGAAGGACAAUCACUCAGAGGCAGAAGAACCUCACCAGGAGACAGAUGCUUCUCCAGAACCAAGAGAAGAAUCACAAAUCACAAAGAAUAAACAAGAUGGAGACUCCACUGGCUUCUAUUCCAGUUGCACAGACACAGCCGUGUCAAGUGGAAGAAAUGUGAUGAACAUCUGUCGAUCUUCUAAAUCAAAGUCAAGUCAAGAGUCUAUGAAGAAGAGCUGGAACAACCCAAACCGGAGAGUUCCCAAAACGUCCCACAGCUCCACCACAGACCAUGUGAGUUUAUCUUUGAAAAGCUUCCACCAAUCAGCAGCUGAAGCAUGUCAGCCGUCAGGCAGCGACCACCCGGAGGCCAGCACCCGACACACAUCUACUGUCACCAAGCCGUGGGAGAGUCUUCCUUCUUCAGAACAUCAGACCAACCAACUGACCUCAGAGCGAACAACGACUUCUGAAUGUUCCAAAGUCUCAAACUCAGGUCCAGAAACGACCAGAACCAACACGUCUUUGUCCAUCGACCCGUCAGGGACUCCGGCCUCAGAUCUGAAAGAGUCUUCUCCUGCACACAGCACCAUGACACCACCCGGAGGACCUUCAAAUCCAAGGUUAUACAAAACUGACUCCACUUCAACUGCUGAACCCUCCGAGGACCUUGUGGAAGUACUGAUUGAAACCAAAACUCAACUGGGGAGUUUUGAAACCAAGGUUCACAAAAACUUAAAAACGAGCCCAGCAAAAAGAGCAGCUGGAGACCACAUGCCAAUCAACCAAGAUCCUGAACCUUCUGGGUUCUGCAGUGUUCAUCAACAGAGAACUUCUAGAUCCAAGAUCUCCUCAGAGUCCAGGACACCUUCAAACCCAAUGCUGAGAGAAAUGCCGAAAGGUAACACGUCAAUUCUGAAAACACUGAAACUCUCUGAUAAAGAGAACCGAGAGGAUUCUGUGUCCUUCAGAGCAUCAACCAGGUCUUCAGGAGAUGAAACCUCAAAGAUUUCUGGAGUCGAAUCUGAUGUAAGAACCUUUAGAGUCCCUCACUCCAAAUCCAGGAUUGGACAAUCUCAAGCAGAACUUUGGUCUUUUGGCAACAACACGUCCACUGCAGCCGUGAGGACGAGGAAGAAGAGGGACAACGAGAGGAAGGACUCUGUCUCCACCGUCUCAGAGUCCACUCCUCUUGUCCCCUCGGUUUCUGUCCUCUACACCACCACCCGAGCCGUCAGUGAUCCCCUCGGCCCGGGGACAUCUCUCCAUGAUGGAAUCCACAGUCUCAGACAGAACGAAGCAUCGUGCGGUCGUCUGUCGUCGCCGGGUUCGACCGUCUCUGUCGAGCCACGUUCCAGCGUCUCUCACAUCCAAGGUCCUACAGGUCCUACAGGUUCUACAGGUUCUACAGGUUCUUUGUUCAUGAGUCUGACAAGUAACUGUUUCCUGACUGAGUUACCGCUGCUUCCUCUCAGGAGUCCGGUCUCACUGGGACCAGCGAGCGCUCCUUCCUAUCGGAUCAUGGUCACGGUGAUGGAGUCGUCGUGGUCAGAAAGAAGUCAGACGUCCACUUUCCAGAUUUGA